AAAAUCAAAGCCUGAUUGGUUACAAGGCCAUGAUUGCUUGACAAAUUUCCACUAGGGGUGUUUCCAAAUUCCAUUAUUUUUACAUUAUUGAAAGCAAAUAACCAUCUGGGGUCCGCUUAAAAAGUUAGCAGCCAGCGCUUUCUUGCUUGACUAGUGUGUUAGGGAAGAAGUGUUUCACUUCUGCAAGUUGAGUGUAGUUGUAUUUGUUUGGCAAUGGCUCCUGUUGUCCAAGGCCAGCAGGUGGUGCCAGAUAACUUGAGGAAACAGCUCGCAGUUGCUGUAAGGAGUGUGCAGUGGAGUUACGCAGUUUUCUGGUCACAGUCAACUAGACAACAAGGGGUACUGGAAUGGGGUGAUGGGUACUACAAUGGAGACAUCAAGACUAGGAAAGUUGAAGCUAUGGAGCUUAAAGCUGAUAAAAUAGGCUUACAGAGAAGUGAGCAAUUGAGAGAACUUUACGAGUCUCUCCUUGAAGGUGAGACCGGCCUGCAGGCUACGAGGUCUUCUCCUGCAUUGUCUCCAGAGGACCUGUCAGAUGAAGAGUGGUAUUACUUGGUUUGCAUGUCCUUUGUUUUCAAUCCUGGUGAAGGGUUGCCAGGAAGAGCAUUAGCUAAUAAACAGCCUAUCUGGUUGUGCAAUGCUCAAUAUGCAGAUAGCAAAGUAUUCUCUCGCUCUUUACUCGCAAAGAGCGCAUCAAUUCAGACUGUGGUGUGUUUUCCCUAUCUUGAGGGAGUAAUAGAGCUAGGUGUGACUGAGCUGGUCACAGAAGACCCCGGUCUCAUUCAGCAUAUCAAAGCCUCCUUAUUAGACUUCUCAAAGCCUGUUUGUUCUGAUAAAUCGUUCUCUGCUGCUCAUAACAAGGAUGAUGAUAAAGACCCAAUGUCUACCAGGAUCAGCCAUGAGAUAGUUGAUACAUUGGCUUUGGAGAAUCUGUACACCCCAACAGAAGAUAUAGAAUCUGAGCAGGAGGGAAUUAACUACUUACAUGGAAAUGUGUGUGAAGAAUUCAACAGGAACUCUCCUGAUGAUUUCUCAAAUGGCUAUGAGCACAAUCUGGUGACUGAAGACUCCUUCAUGCUUGAAGAUUUAAAGGAAGGAGCAUCUCAAGUUCAAAGUUGGCAUUCCAUGGAUGAUGAAUUCAGCGAUGAUGUUAGAGAUUCUAUGAAUUCAAGUGAUUGCAUAUCAGAGGUUUUUGUGAAGCAAGGAAAGGUUGUACCCUCUUCCAAGGGAAAAGACAUAUCCCACCUGCAAUUGAAAGUACUUCAAGAAGGAAACCACACAAAAUUGAGCUCCUUAGAUCCUGGAGCUGAUGAUGACUUGCACUACAGAAGAACUGCAUUUGUUAUUCUGAAAAGCUCAAGUCAGUUGAUCGAAAAUCCAUGUUUCCAAAGUGGUGAUUACAAAUCCAGUUUUGUUGGUUGGAAGAAAGGAGCAGCUGAUGGCUAUAAGCCACGAAUACAACAGAAGAUGUUGAAAAAGAUUUUAUUUGCAGCACCUUUGAUGCAUGGUGGUCACUCUAUUAGGUCUGACAAGGAAAAUGCAGGAAAAGAUUGCCUCAAGAAUUUGGAAGGCUGUGAAACAUGCAAGUUGCAUUUUGAAUCAGAAAAACAAAAGGAGAAUGAAAAAUAUCUAGCACUCGAGUCAAUAGUUGCUUCUAUUAAUGAGAUUGACAAAGCAUCAAUCCUCAGCGACACCAUUAAUUACCCGAGACAGCUUGAGUCAAGAGUAGCAGAACUGGAAUCUUGCACAGGCUCGACAGAUUAUGAGGCCAGAUCCAGGAGUUACAUGGGCAUGGUAGACCGGACAUCAGAUAAUCACGGCAUCAAGAAGCCUUGGAUAAACAAGAGGAAGGCCCGUGACAUUGAUGAAGCUGAACUAGAGCUUGAUGAGGUUGCUCCCAAGGAUGGCAUGCCCGUAGAUUUGAAAGUAUGCAUGAAAGAGAAGGAGAUUCUCAUCGAGAUGAGAUGUCCUUACAGGGAGUACAUGUUGCUCGAUAUCUUGGAUGAAGCCAACAAACGGCAGUUGGAUGUGCUUUCGGUUCAUUCAUCCACUCUUGAUGGCAUUUUCACGUUGACCCUGAAAUCUAAGUUUAGAGGGGCAGCGCCAGUUUCACCAGAAGGGAUGAUCAAACAAGCACUUCGGAAAACUGUCGGCAAGACUUGAGUCGUCAUUUAUCAACUUAUCAACCGGCACUUGAAAGAUUUCUCCAUUCAGUAGAGAUUAGUUCUUAGAUUCUCAUGUAACAUGUAGCAGUAACUGCAUGAACUCGUAAUUGCAUAACUUCAAUGUCCUUCUUAACUUUUUCUCCAUUAUUAAAUGUUCAACUGCAGUGCUAGCUAAUUAGCUCAACUUGUGACUUGAUAGGAGUGAUGGUCCCUCAAUGUAAUUUAUCUACCAUUUUGAAUCUCUUUUCAAUCAAGUGCUGUUUUGAAAGA